CCGAGUACCUGGCUGGGCCCUGGGCACACACAGGGGCCGUAGCCCCACUGUGUGUGGGAGCCAUGAGGAUCCUGGCUAACAAGACAAGGUUACCCCACCCCAGGAGGAGAGAAGCUCCAGGGAGUCCGCCGCUGUCCCCCCGCGGCCACUGCCCCCCUGCCCCAGCCAAGCCAAUGCACCCAGAAAAUAAAUUGACAAAUCAUGGCAAGACAGGGAAUGGCGGGGCCCAAUCCCAGCACCAGAAUGUGAGCCAAGGACCCACCUGCAACCUGGGCACGAAGGGUGUGGGGGCGGGGAACCAUGGGGCCAAGGCCAACCAGAUCUCACCCAGCAAUUCAAGUCUGAAGAACCCCCAGGCAGGGGUUCCCCCUUUCAGCUCGCUCAAGGGCAAGGUGAAGAGGGAGCGGAGUGUGUCUGUGGACUCUGGAGAGCAGCGAGAGGCUGGGACCCCAUCCUUGGAAUCAGAGGCCAAAGAGGUGGCACCUCGGAGUAAGCGGCGCUGUGUGCUGGAGCGGAAGCAGCCGUACAGCGGGGACGAAUGGUGCUCGGGACCGGACAGUGAGGAGGAUGACAAGCCCAUUGGGGCCACCCACAAUUGUAAUGUAGCAGACCCAGCCAUGGCGGCCCCACAGCUGGGUCCCAGCCAAGCCCCCCAACUGCCCCUCAGUGAGAGCAGCGCACCAGGCCCCCCUCAUGGCCCCCCACCAGGCCUGCGGCCUGAUGCCCCCGGGAGCGGGGGCGGGGGCGUCCCUGGAAAGCCGCCUUCACAGUUCGUAUAUGUCUUCACCACCCACCUGGCCAACACGGCCGCAGAGGCAGUGCUCCAGGGUCGGGCAGACUCCAUCCUCGCCUACCACCAGCAGAAUGUGCCCCGGGCCAAGCUCGACCAGGCCCCUAAGGUGCCGCCCACCCCAGAACCGCUACCCCUGAGCACGCCAUCAGCAGGCACCCCACAGUCCCAGCCACCUCCAUUGCCACCGCCACCACCACCACCCCCUGGCAGUGCUCCCCCAGCUUUGCCCCAGGAGGGACCCUCUGAGGACACCACUCAGGACCUGACACCCAACUCGGUGGGAGCUGCCAGCACCGGCGGUGGGACUGGAGGCACUCACCCUAACACCCCCACGGCUGCCACUGCCAACAACUCCGUGCCUCCGGGAGGAGAACCCAGCAGUGCCUCUGGCCCUGCCCUGCUGGGGGAGGCUGCCCCUACAGCAACAGGGCAGCGAAACCUGGCGGGCUCUGAGGGCCUGUCCAAGGAGCAGCUGGAACAUCGAGAACGUUCUCUCCAGACCCUGCGAGACAUUGAACGGCUGUUGCUUCGCAGUGGGGAGGCUGAGCCCUUCCUCAAGGGACCCCCAGGAGGUGCAGGCGAGGGCGGGACACCAGCACAAGCUCCACCUACCCCCCAGCAGCCACCCACGGCCCCUUCCAGCGGGCUGAAGAAGUAUGAGGAACCCCUGCAGUCCAUGAUUUCGCAGACCCAGAACUUGGGGGGCCCCCCGCUGGAGCAUGAAGUGCCUGGGCACUCCCCGGGUGGAGACAUGGGGCAACAAAUGAACAUGAUGAUGCAGAGGCUGGGCCAGGACAGCCUGACACCAGAGCAGGUGGCCUGGCGCAAGCUGCAGGAGGAGUACUACGAAGAGAAGCGGCGGAAGGAGGAGCAGAUUGGGCUGCACGGGGGCCGCCCUCUGCAGGACAUGAUGGGCAUGGGAGGCAUGAUGGUGAGGGGGCCACCCCCUCCCUACCACAGCAAGCCUGGGGAUCAGUGGCCGCCUGGAAUGGGCGCACAACUGCGGGGGCCUAUAGAUGUCCAAGAUCCCAUGCAGCUCCGGGGUGGACCUCCCUUCCCCGGCCCCCGUUUCCCAGGCAACCAGAUGCAGCGGGUUCCUGGGUUUGGGAGCAUGCAGAGUAUGCCCAUGGAGGUACCCAUGAAUGCCAUGCAGAGACCUGUGAGGCCGGGCAUGGGCUGGACUGAAGACCUGCCCCCCAUGGGGGGCCCAGGCAAUUUUGCCCAGAGCACCGUUCCCUACCCCGGCGGGCAGGGUGAGGCGGAGCGAUUCAUGACACCACGAGUUCGUGAGGAGCUGCUGAGGCACCAGCUGCUGGAGAAGCGGUCGAUGGGCAUGCAGCGCCCCCUGGGCAUGGCCAGCAGUGGCAUGGGGCAAGGCAUGGAGAUGGAGCGGAUGAUGCAAGCACACCGGCAGAUGGAUCCAGCCAUGUUCCCUGGGCAGAUGGCUGGUGGCGAGGGCCUUGCGGGCGCGCCCAUGGGCAUGGAGUUUGGUGGAGGCCGGGGCCUCCUGAGUCCCCCCAUGGGGCAGUCUGGGCUGAGGGAAGUGGACCCUCCUAUGGGGCCAGGCAACCUCAACAUGAACAUGAAUGUGAACAUGAACAUGAACAUGAACCUGAAUGUGCAGAUGACCCCGCAGCAGCAGAUGCUAAUGUCACAGAAGAUGCGGGGUCCCGGGGAUAUGAUGGGGCCCCAGGGCCUUAGUCCCGAGGAGAUGGCCCGGGUCCGGGCCCAGAACGGCAGUGGCAUGAUGGGAGGCCCCCAGAAGAUGCUUAUGCCUUCACAAUUUCCCAACCAGGGCCAGCAGGGAUUCUCUGGGAGCCAGGGACCCUACCAAGCCAUGCCCCAGGACAUGGGCAAUACCCAAGACAUGUUCAGCCCUGACCAGAGUUCAAUGUCCAUAGGCAACGUGGGUACUGCCCGGCUCAGCCACAUGCCUCUGGCCCCUGCAUCUAAUCCUCCUGGGUCCAUGCACUCAGCCCCCAACCGAGGGCUGGGCAGGCGGCCUUCUGACCUCACCAUCAGUAUUAAUCAGAUGGGCUCGCCAGGCAUGGGGCAUCUGAAGUCACCCACCCUUAGCCAGGUGCACUCACCUCUGGUCACCUCACCCUCUGCCAACCUCAAGUCACCCCAGACUCCCUCACAGAUGGUGCCCUUGCCUUCUGCCAACCCACCGGGACCUCUCAAGUCGCCCCAGGUCCUCAGCUCCUCCCUCAGCGUCCGUUCGCCCACUGGCUCACCCAGCAGGCUCAAGUCUCCCUCCAUGGCGGUGCCUUCUCCAGGCUGGGUUGCCUCGCCCAAGACAGCCAUGCCCAGCCCUGGCGUCUCCCAGAACAAGCAGCCGCCUCUCAACAUGAACUCUUCCACCACCCUGGGCAACAUGGAACAGGGUGCUCUCCCGCCUAGCGGCCCCCGGAGCAGCUCCUCCGCGCCUCCUGCCAACCCUCCCAGUGGCCUCAUGAACCCCAGCCUACCAUUCACUUCCUCCCCAGACCCCACGCCUUCCCAGAACCCCCUGUCACUGAUGAUGUCCCAGAUGUCCAAGUAUGCCAUGCCCAGCUCUACCCCGCUCUACCACAAUGCCAUCAAGACCAUCGCCACCUCAGACGACGAGCUGCUGCCUGACCGGCCCCUGCUGCCCCCGCCACCACCACCGCAGGGCUCCGGGCCAGGAAUCAGCAACAACCAGCCCAACCAGAUACACCUGAACUCAGCUGCUGCCCAGAGUCCCAUGGGCAUGAACCUGCCAGGCCAGCAGCCCCUGUCCCAUGAGCCCCCACCCACCAUGUUGCCCUCCCCUACCCCUCUGGGCUCCAACAUUCCACUGCAUCCCAAUGCACAGGGGACAGGAGGCCCCCCCCAAAACUCAAUGUUAAUGGCUUCGGGGGGCCCAGACUCCCUGAAUGCCCCUUGUGGCUCUGUGCCCAGCUCCUCCCAGAUGAUGCCCUUCCCCCCUCGGCUGCAGCAGCCUCAUGGUGCCAUGGCCCCCAGUGGGGGUGGGGGCGGGGGGCCUGGCCUGCAGCAGCACUACCCCUCAGGCAUGCCCCUGCCCCCCGAGGACCUGCCUAGCCAGCCGCCAGGCCCCAUGCCCCCCCAGCAGCACCUGAUGGGCAAAGGCAUGGCUGGGCGAAUGGGUGAUGCGUAUCCACCAGGCGUGCUCCCCGGGGUGGCGUCAGUGCUGAACGACCCUGAGCUGAGCGAGGUGAUCCGGCCCACCCCGACGGGGAUCCCUGAGUUCGACUUGUCGAGGAUCAUUCCCUCCGAGAAACCAAGCAGCACCCUCCAGUACUUCCCCAAGAGCGAGAAUCAGCCCCCCAAGGCCCAGCCCCCCAAUCUGCAUCUCAUGAACCUGCAGAACAUGAUGGCGGAGCAGACUCCCUCACGGCCCCCCAACCUCCCAGGCCAGCAGGGCGUCCAGCGGGGCCUCAGCAUGUCCAUGUGCCACCCCGGACAGAUGUCCUUGCUGGGCAGGACAGGUGUGCCCCCACAGCAGGGCAUGGUGCCCCAUGGCCUGCACCAGGGGGUCAUGUCCCCACCACAAAGCCUCAUGACCCAGCAGAAUUUCAUGCUGAUGAAGCAGCGCAGUGUGGGGGGCGAGGUCUACAGCCAACCCCCUCACAUGCUCUCCCCACAGGGCUCCCUCAUGGGCCCCCCGCCCCAGCAGAACCUCAUGGUGUCCCACCCCUUGCGGCAGCGCAGUGUGUCUCUGGACAGCCAGAUGGGCUACCUCCCCGCGCCGGGUAGCAUGGCCAAUCUGCCCUUCUAG